AUUUGUUUGAUCGGCUAAUAUCGAUCAGCAUUAGUUGUUCAGUCGCUUAGAAGUCGUUGACGAUUGAUGGCACUUAAUAAGAUCGUUAAAGCGUUGGGCGACGAACCUUAAAGGAAUACGUGAAAGUACGAAAGUUCUAUGUGCACUGAAAAAGCUAAUAUGUGCCUGAUUAAUUAGCAUAGAAAUAAUAUUAAACAUCAACCCGUUUCUUCUUUUUAUGCAGCGAUUAUGAAUGAAACCUUUGAUUUAGUUUUUGUAAAUCAAAGUUAUCAGGCUCAAACACCGGAUGCCGUAAGCGUUUCGCAAGGAGAUUUGGUUGAACUCGUAAAUACGAUAAAAAGCCUCAACGAAACAAAAUGCUUCAUAAGAGUCACUGAUGGAUUAAAUGCGCGUGAAGGCUUGGUUCCGAUGGAAAUAUUAGAAGUUAAUUCAUCGUCGUUUAGUUCAAGUAAAAACGAAAAUGGCAAAACCACGGAAGCAGACAUUGAUUUCAAGAAGAGGACCAUUAUUGGGGAACUCUUGGAAACGGAGGAGGAGUUUUCAAGAGACUUACAAUAUGUAAUUGAUAAGUAUAUAAAGGCUAUUGAUAAGCCGACUACGCCACGAUCGAUUCGCGACAACAAAGACAUUAUCUUCUCUAAUGUUAUACAAAUUGCCGAAUUUCACAUGGUUUUAAAGGAGGGCCUUGAAUGCUAUAGAAAUCAGCCCAAUAUGAUAGCCAAAACAUUCUUAAGACUGGAAAGAGAUUUUGACAAACAUGUGAAAUAUUGCCGUAACGAGUUACUCGCACAAGAGUUCCUAGCGACCAAUGUAGAAAGCAAAAAUUUUUUCCGGGAACUUUCGGCAAAGCUGGGCGACGACAAAUCGCUAUCCGAGCACUUGAAGCUUCCACUUCAGAGAAUCAACGACUAUAAGCUUCUGUUUAAGGACCUAAUUAAACUAUCUCAAUGCUUCAAAGAUAAUGUUAGGGACUUGGAGAGAGCUUUAGAACUAAUGCUUAGCGUGCCAAGUAGAGCCUAUGAUAAUAUAUAUAUAUCGAGUAUUGAGGGCUAUAGAGGUAACAUACAGAAGUUGGGCAGGUUGUUGCUGCAUGAGCCUUGCUUGGUUACAGAGAAGGAUGGUAAAACCCAUGAACGAUAUUGCUUCCUGUUCAAGUCUAGAAUCUUAAUAACAAAAGUUCGCAAAAUCUCUGAUAAGAAAUCGAUAUUUAUUUUGCAAAAUAUCAUCAAGCUUCCGCUGUGCAAUAUUGAGGAUCAAAUUGAAGAGAAGCGCUUAUUUCUCUCAAGCAAAUCUCCAGACGAAUCGAACAAUUUGCAUCUGUUCAUUAAGCCCCACAACGAGGAGGGUCAUCGGGUUUGGUAUAAUGAAAUUCAGUCCUAUAUUAAUCACGUCGUGACUCUGCAAGAGCACGCUGCAGACGAUCUGAAAGUAGAUUCGGCAAAUAUUGCCAGCGAGAAUGAACUAAUACUUCGUCUGCCCCACAAGGUCGAGGCAUAUCAGCCCAAUUUAGAUAUACGUCCCUCUGACGUGGCCGAAAACUACUUUUUGAGCAAGGAAACCAAGGAACGCCUGCUCUUCGAGGAGCAGCAGCUGAAGAAGAUCGAACAGGAAGCUUACGAGCUAUUCAAGGCCCAGCAGAAUAUACAAAAUAGUGCACAGCAAAAUAUCGUACAGCAAAAUAUCGAAAUAAAUACCACAAAAGAGAUUCGAACUGAGCAAAAGGUGGCCAGCCAAAGUUAUUCGAAAACCGAAUCCAAUAAGAGCGAAGUUAAACUAACAACAUCCACUCUAGAUAAACAAGAGUCUGUGGCGCCUGCAGUGCUGCUUGAGUCUAGCGCAUUUAAAAGAUCGGCGAUUGAGUCCAAAGAACUUCCUGAGAAUAGAAAAGAAGAAAAAGAAAAGUCUAAAGUAGAAGUUCAGGAGAAUGUUGCCCAGACAUUAGUAGAGAAAAAGCUUGACUCUAGCAUAGAAUCAAAGAAAUCUGAUAAAGUUGUAGAACAACAUCCAAUUAAACUUAAAGAAACUAGUGAAAUAGAAACUAGAGACGAUAUCAGAGAGAUAGAGAAAUCUGAAAAGCUUGAAACUAGAGAAGAGAUUAGAGAGAUAGAGAGAUCUCAAAAGCUUGAAACUAGAGAAGAGAUAGAGAAAUCUCAAAAGAUUGAAAAGAUUGAAACUAGAGAUGUUAUUAGUGAGAUAGAGAAAUCUCAUCAACAAGAAACUCUAACCGAGGGUAAGAACACAGAAGAUAUCAACUCCUCUUAUACAGAAAUAACUGUACAAAUUCCAAUAAGCAAUCCAAUAGAAACUUUAAGCCAUUCACAUGAUACCCAUAACAAGAACAAAAUCGAGUUGGCAAACAUACCCGGCUACAAUGAAUCGAUGUACGAUAGCGAUAGCGUUCAGCAAACCUCUAAACAACGAGACGAACAUCAGAGCAUUACUAAUAUAACCGAUUCAGCUUCAUUAACGCAAUGGAAUAAUCGACUUGCCGAUAUUGCUUUCAGGAAUGGGGGCGAACGUUCUGCACAAGGUCCACCCCCACCACCCUUACCACCUCAUUUUGUUCGAAUGCCUGGCUUCUUUCAACCGCUUCCGCUUAUAUCGUAUGAAACCACCGUAGAAAUACUAAUUAUUAAAGCUCGCCCACCAUCACCGCCACCGCGACCUCCGCCGCCCAUUAAACGCGUGCUCGUGCACAACGAGAGUUUAGAACAGAAAUCACAGAAUUUUCUGGAGGGUAUCUAUGACGUAUCAACCUCAGACACAUCGCUGCGCAAUGCUAAGCAAAAGAUACGAAAUAUUAAGACAGCGGUCUUAAAAUCAGCCGAUUCAACCAAUUACGCCCAAGAUACGGUUAAAAAGGCAAAAGCUCGCGACUUUGUACAUAUUUUUAAUCCGCCCAUUCGAAAGAAACGACCCAUUUUUGAAAUUGUUGAAGAGCCUGUAAAUAUUUGCGAAAUUGAAGGGGACUAUACUGAAUCUAUUGCUGACGAUUUCAGAGACUCAAGUGUUGACCUCGAGGCACGCGGCAGAAGUGUUUGCAGUAUGGAUGAUAACUAUUCCAGUUACUCACUGGCAACCAAACGGCGCAUCGAGAAAACGAGUAGGUACAAGGACUAUGAUAGGGGCACCUCCUACGAUAGUACUGUAGAGAACAAGCACUAUGGCAUUAGCUCUAGACGUGAGCGAACAACUUUAGAUAGAACUGAAGGACACUCACACCUAUUGUCAGCUAGUCGUGCCGAGAGUCGUGCGGAGAGCCGUGCCGAAAGCCGCGCCGAGAGUCGUGCGGAGAGUCGAGCCGAGAGCCGUGCGUCCUACUUGCAAAGUUCAACGUAUAAACGUUCGGACGAUUUGCCACCGCGCUCGAUUGAAAAGCCCGUCGUAAACAAAAUGCUGAAGAGCGUCCACGUCGAGAGCGGUGAGACUGCGCAUUUUGAGAUCCAGUUCAACGAGCAGCCAGGUUCUGUUACAUGGCUCAAGGAUAACAAGGCCUUGGAUGAUCGUCUAGCGGAUCGCAUUGUACAAACAAGCGCUCCAAUGAAUUCAUAUCGUUUGGAUAUUAAAAAUUGCAGUGAGAAUGACGCUGGAACAUAUACUGUUCGCGCGCAGACUGCAGCCGAAACAACAACUGUUACCGCUCAGCUGGCUGUGGGUCAAGUUGGUGGUCAUGACGAAACGAAGACCAAUGUUGCGCCCGCAUUCUUAGUUAGUUUGAAGGAUACUGAAAUGAUUGAGAAUACUCUGUUUCGGUUUAUGGUCAAAAUCUUGGGCGAUCCAAAGCCCAGAGUUAAGUUCUACAAGAACGAUAAGGAAAUUCUUGAAACGGAUGACAGAAUUCAAAUCAUACGUGAAAAGGAUUACCUGGGCUUCUAUGAGCUAGUCAUUGCCGAAGUGCAGCCGGAAGAUGCUGGAGUCUAUAGCUGCAAAGCAGUUAACAAGUUUGGCGAAGCCAGUUGCGAGGCAAAAGCAACUACUGUGGACUUUAAGAAUCCCUUUGGUGCUCUGAGUGGUCAGAUUUUGCAGAGUGGAGAAAAGUCGAUAUUUUCCUGGAAGCGCAAUGGAGAACCUUUCGAUCCCGAAGAACGCUUCAAAGUGCUUUUUGGCGAGGAUGAGGAUUCGCUAGCUUUGGUAUUCCAGCACGUGAAGCCCGAAGAUGCCGGCUUAUACACGUGUGUGGCCCAGACAUCAACGGGAAAUAUCUCGUGCAGCGCCGAGCUGUCCGUUCAGGGCGCUAUUCAGACCCUGAACAGGGAACCGGAGAAACCAACCUUGGUUAUUGAGCAUCGCGAGGCGAACACCAGCAUUGGCGCCACGGCCAUACUGGAGCUGCAGUGCAAGGGCUUCCCCAAGCCAGCUGUACUCUGGAAGCAUGAAGGUGAAGUCGUCCAAGUCGACGACAGACACAAGUUCAUGUUUGAAGACGAGGAGAGUAUGUCUCUGGUUAUAAAGAGCAUAAACACUGAAGAUGCUGGCGAAUAUACCAUCGAAGCGGUGAAUGAGCUUGGACAGGAUACAAGCUCCAUUAAUUUGACUGUUAAGGCUCCACCGAAAGUAAAGAAAAUCGAGAAUAUUGUUUGUACAGCUGGCGAAACAGUGCGCAUGGAGAUCGAAGUUGAGGGAUUCCCGCAGCCGGAUAUAAAUGUCACCAACAAUGGCAAGGAUAUAUCGGGUGAAAGUAAUGUGAAGAUUACAACAAAGUCCGUUGGCAAAGGCUCCAUCAAGGUUACUGUGGAGAUUUCGGAUAUUAAGCUGUCGCAGGCUGGCAACUAUUCGAUCAGAGCCACAAACGAUCUGAGCCAGACGUCCGAGUAUUGGAAUUGUACGGUGAAGUCGAAGCCAAUUAUUGUGAAACACUUUGAGGAGGAAUAUAUUCACGGCGAAAAGGAAACCGUACAGAUGUCCGUGCGCGUCGAUGCAUUCCCGGAGCCAAAGCUGAUUUGGUAUCACGAUCAAACUGAGAUCAAGACCAGCGAGAAAAAAUACAAGGUCGAGUCGGACGGCAAUACGUAUACCCUGAAAAUCACUGGCGCCACUCGCGUGGAUGCUGGCAAAUAUACGGCCAAGGCGGUCAAUGAGCACGGAUCGGCCACGAGCGAAACUCAGCUGCUGAUGAAGUGCACCCCAGAGCUGACCAAGAAAUUGCAGAACAUCACCGUCAAGGAGGGUGAAACGAAUGUCGAGCUAGCCGUGGGCAUCGAUGCCUAUCCAGUGCCCAGCAUCAAGUGGUUCAUUGACGGCAUCGAAAUCGAUGAGAAGCGAAAUGAAUUCCUUAAGACAACGGAAGGAAAUGUUCAUAAGCUGGUCAUGAAGGAGGUCGCUGUCAGCAUGCAGGGAAAUUACUGCUGCAAGAUCAUGAACGACUACGGCCAGAUCGAGGACAACUGCUCGGUGACUGUCAACUGCAAACCCAAAAUAAGAAGAGCUCUCAAGGAUGUUGAGGUCAAGGAAGGCAACUCGUUAACUCUAGAGGUUGAGAUCUAUAGCAAUCCGGAUGCCACUAUCAAAUGGUUCAAGAAUGGACACGAAAUUCAUGAAGAUGCAAGAAUUAAGAUCACCAGAGAUACGCAACGCAUCGAAAAUUACUAUUUAACCUUGAAUCUUGCCAAAGUUGAAGAUGCUGGCACCUAUGAGGUGAAGGCAGCCAAUUUCAUCGGCGAAACAACCUCAAGUUGCAAAGUUCAAGUUUUAACCAAAGACUGUUUAUCCGUGGAAGAAACCGUGACAAAAACAAUGCUCGCAACAACAGAGCAAGCUGAGGAAGGGGCUGUGCCUGAGAUCGUACACAUCGAUGUCUUCCAAAUUCAUAGCUUUGAAAGUGUUCCCCUCAAAUAUGAAGUUAUUGCUAAGGGCAUACCGAAGCCUGAGGCGAUUUGGUAUCACGAUGACAAACCCAUCGCAGCUGACAAACAUUUUGCUAUAUCAAAUGAUGGGGAACAUUAUAAGCUAGAAGUUAAGUCCCUGGAGCUAGCGGAUGCCGGCGAAUACAAGGUUGUUAUAAAGAAUAAAGUCGGUGAGAAGAGCCAUAAGGGAGUACUCUCGCUCUCAGGUGUUGCUGAGUAUAGAAAACCUAUAUUGAUCGCAGCCAGCGGCUUGCGCGAUAUCAAAUUGAAGAAGGGAGAAACCGUUAAUGAGGCUGUCGUAUUCACGGCCGACCCAUUGCCGGAGAUCAUUUUGCUGAAGGAUGGCGUGCCACUUAGUGGAGACAAGAAGAAUAUAUUGAAGACUGAAACAAAAGAAUUGGAGAACGGCUUGAUACAAUAUACGUGCACCCUAAACAUCAAGGAUGCCGACAUCAAAGACUCUGGUCGCUAUGAGCUCAAGGCAAAGAACAAGUAUGGCGAGAUGGCCACAAGCGGCUAUAUCGAUGUGCUAUCCAAGCCUGAAAUUACCGGUUUGGUGAAUCACAAAUGCCUGCCCGGACAGUCGGUGUGCUUUGAGGCAAUCGUGCUCGCCAAUCCAAAGCCAAAGGUGUCCUGGACCCGGGGCAAUGAGAAUCUGUGCAACAAUGACAGCUGCGAGGUUAUCGCCGAUGUUGAUGCCGAUAAGUACAGAAUCGUGUUCCAAUCGGUGACGCCAAAAGAUGAUGGCAAAUACGCCAUAGCUGCUAUCAAUUCAGAGGGCAGAGCUGAUGCAGAGUUCAAUUUGAAUGUGCUAGUUGAAAAGCCCGCCUUUAUAGUGCCACCUGAGGCCCAGGCCAUUCACGACUUCCACCCAGUCACCACAAAGGUUGUCGUACACGGCGUACCAGCACCGGCUCUACAAUGGCUCAAGGAUGGCAAGCCAAUUGAUCUUGAAGCUGUCGAUAAGCAAACACAGCAGAAGGUUUAUCUGGUCAAAUCCUCAAACCCUACAACAGAUCAGGUCGAGGGCAUACUCGAAAUACCCAAAUUCAAGGAAAAUGUCGCUGGAACGUACACCUGCGUGGCCAAAAAUGAAAUUGGUGAGACUAAAGUUCCAUUUGAAUUGACUAUGCAAGCGCUGGCUCCGAGCUUUACUAAAAAACUGAACAGUGCGUUGGAUGCGCAACAGGGUGAGCCUCUCGUCCUGGAAUGUGCUGUGGAUGGCAGUCCUUUGCCCACAAUCCAAUGGCUCAAGGAUAGCGACGAAAUCACACCAAAUCCAAGAGUUAAAAUGACGACCACGCCCGAGGGCUUAGUCAAAUUGGAAAUCAACAACUGUGAGCCGAAUGACUCUGGUGCCUACAAAUUGGUUAUUUCCAAUCCGCAUGGACAGAAGGUAGCCUUAUGUGCUGUCGCAGUAAAGCCCAAAGAAAUGCAGCCCAAGUUCCUGAAGCCAUUCGAGAAUCAAUCAGUCACUGUUGGACAACCCCUGAAAUUGAGCGCUGAAGUCACAGGUUUUCCUGCACCCGAAAUCAAGUGGUACAAGGAUGGUCUACUCCUGCGGCCUAGCUCUAAUAUUGAUUUCAUCAACAAUCCCAACGGUCAAAUUGGCUUGAUUGUUGAUACAGUGGAGCCUGAAGAUGCUGGUAUUUACAAGUGUGUUAUUGUCAACAAGGAGGGCGAGGCAGAAAAUGCCGUGAAAGUUGAAGUGAUUCCUAGGGAAGCGAAGCCCACAUUUGUUGCCGAGCUGCAAGAUGCCUCGAGUGUUGAAGGAUUCCCAGUGAAGAUGGACAUUAAGGUUCUAGGUUUUCCAAAGCCGAAACUCCAGUGGUUCCAUAAUGGUCAUGAGAUCUUGCCCGAUAAUAAGCAUGUUGCCAUUCUGGAAAAUCCGGACAACACUUUCAGCCUUAUUAUAGACAAGACUCUGCCAACGGACUCGGGAUUGUACGAAAUUGUCGCACAAAAUUCGGAGGGCUCAACUGCCUCGAAGGCUAAGCUCUAUGUAGCACCGAAAAUUGAUGAAACUGUUGCAGAGGAAGCGCCCCAAUUCGUCUCUGGACUACGCGAUGUCAAUGCAGAUGAAGGCAAAGAACUGGUGCUAUCUGCGCCAUUCAUUGCCAACCCGAUGCCUGAGAUCAUGUGGUCCAAGGAUGGCGUUCCACUGGCACCCAGCGAACGUUUGCUGAUGACUUGCGAUGGCAAGCACGCGGGUCUAACCAUAAGCCCCGUGGAAACCUCCGACUCCGGCACCUACAGCUGCCUGCUGGCCAAUCCCUUGGGCGAGGACUCGUCUCAGUGCAAUGCGAACGUCAGGAAAGUCUACAAGGCGCCAAUAUUCACGCAAAAGAUAUCAGAUCAGCAGCAAGCUUUUGGAAACAAUGCCAAGAUUCCAGUUACAGUCUCUGGCGUUCCAUAUCCAGAGCUCACGUGGUUCUUCGAUAAUAAGCCCAUAGAGGAGUCAAGCAAAUACUCGAUCAAAAAUGAUGGCGAUCAUCAUAUGCUGAUUGUGAAUGAUUGUCAAGCCUCUGAUAAGGGCGAAUACAAGUGUAUUGCCUCGAAUAGGGAGGGCAAAGACAUUACACAGGGUCGUCUGGAAGUCGUUAAUGAAGUCAAAAAGCAUAUGCGUUCCGAGCCCCCAGUAUUUCUCAAGAAAAUUGGCGACUGCGAUGUCUACGAUGGCAUGUCGGCGAAGUUUACGGCUUGUGCAACAGGCUAUCCAGAGCCGGAGGUGGAAUGGUUCAAGAACGAUCAGAGACUAUUCCCAUCUGAUAGAAUUGAUAUUGAAAAGGAAUCGAAUGGUCUUCUGCGCUUAUCCAUCAAAAAUGUCAACGAAUUUGAUGUGGGACGCUAUUCCUGUCGCAUCUACAAUCCCUAUGGAGAUGAUAUCUGUCAUGCCGACUUAUUUUACGAUGUUAUUGACUCUCAUCAACGUCCAUUGGGCGAGCAGUAUAGCGACUUCAAGCAAUACAAGAAAACCGGUGCUCCACCACCAUUGCCCGAAGGUCCUAUUAUAUCCCGUAUGACCGAUAGACGUCUGCUUUUGUCCUGGAAGCCGUCGGUGCCAUUGACACCCAGAUAUCCAGUUACAUAUCAGGUGGAAAGACUAGACUUACCAGAUGGCGACUGGCAUACCUUGAGAACUGGUAUUCGAGGCUGCAGCUAUGAUAUUAGAAACUUGGACCCACUUAGAGAUUACAAGUUCAGAAUUCGCGUAGAGAACAAAUUUGGCGUCAGCGAUCCCAGUCCAUACACUCAGACAUUUAGACAAAAUCUUAUACCGGAGCCUAAGAAGACUUACACAUAUCUGCCACCUGGCACUGACUUUAGACCGGAUACUUCACCCUAUUUUCCAAAGGACUUUGAUAUUGAACGUCCACCUCACGAUGGUUUGGCUCAGGCUCCUCAAUUUUUACUGCGUGAGAACGAAGUCUCGUAUGGCGUCAAGGGACAUAACACAGAGCUUAUGUGGUUCGUUUAUGGUUAUCCGAAACCAAAGAUGACCUACUACUUUAACGAUAGUCUAAUUGAACCCGGCGGAAGAUUCGAUUACAGCUACACACGUAAUGGACAGGCUACGCUAUUUAUUAAUAACAUGCUAGAUCGUGAUGUGGGAUGGUAUGAAGCAGUGGCGACUAAUGAGCAUGGCGAGGCUAGGCAACGAGUUCGUCUGGAAAUCGCCGAAUAUCCACGAUUCACGAAGCGUCCCAAUGAAACGUUCAUCAUGUCGCGCAAGAAUGGACGCAUUGAGGCCAGGAUAACUGGAAUUCCGCUACCGGAAGUACAUUGGUAUAAGGAUUGGAAGCUUAUAACUGAAACAUCACGCAUUAAGAUUCACUCAUAUGAUCCCGAUGUCUACAUUCUUGCCAUACACGACUCCAUAAUAAAGGAUGGAGGUCUCUACUCGGUGAGCGCACGAAAUAUUGCCGGAUCCAUUAGCACCUCAGUCACUGUGCAUAUUGAGGAAAAUGAGGAUCAAUAUAUCUACAAGACCUAUGGCAGGCAUCCAUAUGUGCGCUCGAAGCAAUUGCGAUAUGAGGACAAAUACGAUAUUGGCGAUGAGCUAGGUCGUGGCACUCAGGGCAUCACAUAUCACGCGGUGGAGCGCGCCACUGGCGACAAUUAUGCGGCAAAGAUCAUGCACGGACGACCAGAGCUGCGGCCCUUCAUGUUGAAUGAACUGGAUAUGAUGAACAUGUUCAAUCACAGGAACCUGAUACGCCCCUACGAUGCGUAUGAGAAUGAUCGCGGCGUAACGCUCAUACUCGAGCUGGCAGCCGGAGGCGAACUUGUCAGGGACAAUUUGCUUACGAGGAACUACUACACCGAGCGUGACAUUGCCAAUUAUAUACGCCAGACUUUGUAUGGCUUGGAGCAUAUGCACGAUUUGGGCGUGGGCCAUAUGGGCUUAACGAUCAAAGACCUGCUGAUUUCUGUCGUAGGCAGCGAUUUCAUCAAGGUAUCUGACUUUGGUCUUUCGCGCAAAAUAAAUAAGCACAACUUAUCCACACUGGACUAUGGAAUGCCAGAGUUUGUCUCUCCGGAAGUCGUUAACAAGGAAGGCGUCAGCUUCUCCCACGACAUGUGGACAGUUGGCUUGAUCACAUAUAUUCUGCUCGGUGGCCGAAAUCCCUUCAUGGGCGCCGACGAUAGAGAAACCUUGACCAAAAUUCGCGAGGGUCGCUGGGACUUCUCUGAUUCCAUUUGGACCCAUAUCUCUGAGGAUGGUCGCGACUUUAUAAGCCGACUGCUGCUGUACAGCCCCGAAGAGCGUAUGGAUAUUAAGACCGCAUUGAAGCAUCCUUGGUUCUUUAUGCUCGAUAGAAAAGCAUCCGAUGAAGAUUAUCAAAUUGGUACGGAUCGCUUGAGGCACUAUUAUGAUCACUUCAGGGAUUGGUAUGCAAAUGCCUCCUGCAAGAACUACUUCCGUCGUCGUCGCCUCAGUGGCUGCUUCCAGCAUCCCUCGAAAAUGGUGUAUCCUCCUGGACACUCGUACACACCUGAAAAUACGCCCGAGCCCUUCAUCGAACCAAGAACCAGAACUAAGGAGGUUGUCUCCAAAUUCUUGCAUCCCGACUAUGAGCUGGGUCUCAUCUCAUCUGAGAGCCACUAUCAAUAUGGACCCGAUACCUAUUUACUGCAGCUAAGAGAUGUCAGCUUCCCAGUGAGGCUACGCGAGUACAUGAAGGUCGCCCACAGGCGUUCUCCAUCAUUUGCUAUUAACGAUUCAGUUGAUUGGUCGCUGCCCGUGAUCCGCGAAAGACGUCGCUUCACUGAUAUAAUGGAUGAGGAAAUCGAUGAUGAGCGCACCAGGAGCCGUAUUAGCAUGUAUUCCGCUAAUGAUUCGUACUCCAUUCGACGCCUGCGAACUGAGCUAGGACCUCGUCUGAAUGAGUAUACCGAGGCAGAUGCGAUGAUCGAGACUCAGCGCGAGGGCUAUCCACCCUUCUUCCGAGAGAAGCCACAAACUAUUGCGAUUACAGAGAACCGGCCAGCGCAUAUUCACUGCUUUGCAGUGGGCGAUCCUAAGCCGUGCGUGCAAUGGUUCAAGAACGAUAUGGUCAUCACUGAGAGCAAACGUAUCAAGAUCACUUUCGAUGAGGAUGGUCGUUCGAUACUGCGCUUCGAGCCAGCCAGUCACUUCGAUGUUGGCAUCUAUAAGGCUGUCGCCAGGAAUAAGGUUGGCCAGACUGUGGCCAGAUGUCGCAUAGUAAUUGCAACGCUGCCCGAUGCACCCGACUCGCCUGAGGUUUCGGCAACGAGUGCCACAGAAAUACUGCUGAGAUGGAAGCAACCGCGCGACGAUGGACACUCGCCCGUCAUGUGCUAUAGUCUGCAAUACAAAACGCAAAACUCUGAUGCCUGGACCACUGUGGCCGAUAACAUUGAUCACGAAUUUUAUCUGUUGCACGAACUGCAGCCCAACACGAAUUAUCAAAUUCGACUUGCGUCGAAGAAUCGCAUCGGCUGGAGUGACAUGGGAAUUCCCGUGAAUGCAACAACUGCUGGCACGGAUGCACCCAAAGUUCACAUUACGAAGGCCAUGAAGCACUUGCAAAUGCUGACGGAGAAGGGUCAAGAGGUGGUGCUCGAGGAGGAGCGCGUGCACAUGGACUACCAUUGCGAGCGCGAGCCACCCAACUGGGUGACCGAUGCGUCCGUCAGUGAUAAGUACAGCUUCAUUUCGGAGAUUGCACGCGGAGAGUUCAGCACAAUUGUGAAGGGAAUCCAGAAAUCCACAGAUACAGUUAUUGUGGCAAAGAUCUUUGAAGUCACCGACGAGAAUGAGGAGGCAGUGGUCGCUGAAUUUGAUAACUUCAAGACCCUAAGGCACGAGCGUAUACCCGCCCUGUUUGGCGCCUACAAGCCAAUGAAUGUCCCGAUCGCAAUAUUUGUGAUGGAAAAACUUCAGGGCGCCGACGUGUUGACCUAUUUCUCGAGCCGCCAUGAAUACUCCGAGCAAAUGGUGGCAUGUGUUAUCACACAGCUCCUGGAUGCCCUGCAAUACUUACACUGGCGCGGAUAUUGCCAUCUAAACAUACAGCCCGACAAUGUUGUCAUGGCCUCAGUUAGAUCGAUUCAAGUGAAGCUCGUGGACUUUGGCUCAGCAAAGAAGGUGAACAAGUUGGGCAUGAAGAUAGCGCCGACUGGCAUGCUGGACUUCCAGCCACCAGAAAUGAUCAACGACGAACCAGUCUUCCCCCAGAGCGAUAUUUGGUCGAUGGGCGUACUAGUCUACAUGCUUCUGUCCGGCACUAGUCCAUUCCGUGGCGCCGACGACUACGAGACUCAACAAAACAUUUCCUUCGUACGCUAUCGUUUUGAGAAUCUCUUCAAGGAAGUUACUCCGGAAGCAACUAGAUUCAUUAUGCAACUGUUUAAGCGACAUCCCACGAAACGACCAUACACAGAUGACUGUCUGGAGCACAGAUGGCUGAUGUCUUCCGAUUAUAUGGUUAGAAAGCGUGAGCGCGCCGUAUUCUUAGGCUGUCGACUGAAGACCAUUUCCGAUGAAUAUCAUGAAUAUAAGAACAAAGCUGCAUCAACCUCCAAAGCCUUCUAUGCGGUUGAAGGCGCACCCACACCAUCUCAACUACUUCGAUCGAACAGCAUUCAAGAGGAAUUGCUCACAACGUUUUAGAUAAACUGAAGAAAAUAACACAAAAACAAAAAUUAACUACGAAUAUUUCUAUAUUUCAGCACAUAAAUAAAAAAAAAAAAAAAAAAAGAAAAGAAAACGAAUUUAAAAUGAGAUUAUAAUCAUAAAUGUUGUUGUCAAUAAAUUAAAGCUUUUCGCAAAAUCAUAUACUUUAAUGAAAGAAAUA